GCCUCCUGCGCACUGCCAUGCAGUGUGCCCAAGUACCUCUCCACGCAUAAUGCAGAACUGAAAGGGGGAUGCCGCACUGCGCACGAGGACGCCUUAAAUAGGUAGGUGCACAUAAAUUCUGUUGAGAGUUCAUCAAGAUUUCAAGUAUCCUGCAUGAUGGUCCGAUCAAGAAAGCCGGAGAAAGUCUGUGGGAACUUAUAAGUCUGAAUCAGCUAAGAUAUUUUCGACAUUUGCAGCUGGUUGUACUUGCUUGAAGCUUCCCAAAAUUAAACUGAUGCGAGACCGCCCUCCGUCGCCCAAUCUCUGACAUACUUGCAUACCACAGCAGGGCGCUAGCCGAGACGCCGCAGCGUGCUGCUUACGGAAUUGCUGUUGUUGAGCCUUGAAGAAACGAGGAGUUGAGAGACCGCUGCUGAAUUGCUGCAGUUGUAGUCGGUAUCACGUUUGUAACACCUCCUCGAGUCGUAAAGAGCACGGCAAUCUGUGCCCUCCAAAUAGGAAACAAUGUGUUCAUCUGAUCAGCAAGCACCUUUUCUACCGCCUUGAUGGCUUAUUCGAUAUUGCUGCGGAGUCUCUAGCUACCAUCAUCAGCCAGCAUGUUGCAGAGGAUGAAUAGAGCCUUUCACCACAAGAGGACCUCUGCCGGUUUCGCUCUUAGCCUUGUCCUGCUAGUAUUCGUUCAGCACAGCAGAGCAGACUAUGUAGAGACUGCGCCUAGACCUGGGGCUCCGCUUCCUCCAUCCAUCAUUCCUGGAGAAUGUCCCCUGGUCUUUCUGAAGGCAGACAUCCAAUAUGCAAAGCAGACUGCAUGCUCCUCAGGACCAGGUGACUCAGGCACGUCUAACGCGAUCGCUGUAAGCGCAGCUGGUGCAUUCAGCAACAGCUCAAUUACUUCUUGCUGCAUCCAUAUGAAGGCAGUUCUAUGGCAGGCCCGAGUGCGAUAUGCCAAUGAGACUGGUCGCCUGCUCCUGCCCCAGGCAUCCGCUGACGCUUGUAUCCAGAGUUUGAACACUUCAGCAAUAGCUGCUGGACUACCUGCUCUCGGUUGGUGCGACAUCAAAAGUCAAAUGCUCUCAGAGGAUGCCGGCAAAGCCUGUGGAGAUGAUCUCACAACCGUGUACGAUUUCUGGUCGGCAUCAAGUCGGACCUUUCCAGGAACGGUGGGUACCAGUUGCUAUGGGGAAAAUGCAGAUUGCGGUCUCUGCACCACCCUCAUCACAAACAAGAUUAUGUCACUAGGCAGCAGCACGCCGGCUUUGCUGGCAACGACGUCAUGCCAAGAUCUGGCCCAGGUCGCAAUGGCUGCGGCAGCGUACCCUGUCGCCAUCGCUAACGGCAUUGCUCGGUGCCUGUAUAACGUGGACAUUGAACCCAUCCCUCAAGCAAGCAAGUGCACAGCGUAUGACUGGUCGAGGCAGAACUGGACGUCCAUCGUCCGCAGCUGCGGAGCAGAGAGUUAUCGAGCGGAUCGCUGCUGUCAACUCGUACACGGACAGUACCACUUUAUGCUGGUAACCGCCCUGAACAAGACGCGUUAUGGGAUGGACCAGGGGCAGGCCGAGGUGUGCUUCUCGGAGUACAAGGCCGGGCUCGCCGCGCAUGGCGUCUCCCCAGCCACGCCGGAAAGUUGCCGCGUGACCGCCGCGACCGCCCUUCUGAACAUCGGCUGCUACAACUACUCCACGCUCCAGCAGCAGGUCUCCACGCGCUACUUCCACUACUUCGACGGCAACUGCACACACAGCGGAGGCGGCGAUUGCAGCCACUGCUCGCAAACGCUGCUCGACGUGGGGAACGAGCUUGCGAACACCACAAGCGUCGCGUACCUGAACGCGUGCCAGCAACUGGUCGUGCACCAAUAUUACCUGUGGCUCGCCAAUGUUGAGUCAGUCCCCGAGCGCGGAAACUGUUACUACCAGUUCCCCCCGGGGCUGGAGCUCACGAUGGUCCCCUUACUCCCGAGCAAAAGCGCCUCUAACAUCGCACUCAUAGCCGGGGUUAGUUGUGCGAGCGCGGUCGUGCUCCUUGGGGUAUUGGCGAUUGUUGCAUUCGUCCUAUGGCGACGUUAUCCGCUGUACAAGGCCGAGUGGGACGCCGAGAAGAAGACGCUCGGCCGCUUGUCGUCGAUACAACAGCGGGUCGUGGGGAACCGGUUGCAGGUCUUCACGAAAAGGCAGCUGAGCAAAGCGACUCAGGACUUCAGCGAGAGCCGUGUGGUUGGCGUCGGGGGAUCCGGGAAAGUUUACGUUGGAGAGCUGAACGGGGACAUCGUUGCAGUAAAGGACUCCACGUUUGGGUCCAACAAUGAUGGAGCCAAGGAAGCAUGGAACGAGGUUGCGACUCUGGCCCAGUAUCGGCACCGUCAUCUAGUGGUCCUCAAGGGCUGCUGCCUCACUGGUUCAAACUCCUUCCUGGUCUACGAGUUCAUGGAGCAAGGCAGCGUCGAAGACCAUCUGUGCCCUACGGCGGCCGUCUCGGCUGGCCGCGCCACUGAGAGCAGUGUGCGCGCGCAGUUUUUGAAUUGGCCCACCCGAGACAAGAUCGCCCUGGGGACGGCCAAGGGGCUUGCCUACCUGCACGAGGAGUGCAAACCACGGUGCAUUCAUCGAGACGUGAAGCUGAGCAACAUCCUGCUGGCCAACGAUUUCGAACCCAAGCUGGCCGACUUCGGACUGGCAAGGCGGACGGACCCACAGGACACACACGUCACCACAGCGAUCGCCGGCACGUGGGGCUACUUGAGCCCCGAGUACAUGGCCACCGGGAAGCUCACCGAGAAGAGUGACGUGUACAGCUUCGGGGUGGUGCUGCUCUGCCUCGUGGCCGGGCGACGGCCCACUCAAUCCAACGCACCAGAAGAGCAAGUACAUAUUUUGAAGAUUCACCUGGCGGAAUGGGCGUGGGCCCUGGCGGAACGGAGCGAGCUCGAGCAGCUGAUCGACCCGCGGCUCGAGGGGGAGCGACACGAGUUCGCGGCGAACAUGGAGCGCAUGACUAAGGUUGCCCUGCUGUGCGUCCACACGGCGGCCAGCGUCCGGCCCAGCAUGCGGCAGUGCGCGGACAUGCUCAUGGGACGAAUGGAGGUCCCCCGACUCCCGAGGCGGCUUCCCUCCCUCUAUACAGUCUCCUCGUUGGCAUCGUCUGAUCCCGAAAGUUCAGCGGGGCUCUCCUCGGGGCAACUGAGCUCGAUCCUAAGCAGGGGCGCCGGGAUUUUGUCCAUGUCAAGUGACUACGACCCGAAAAGCGUCCCGUAAGGAUUGGUUGCUUUUUCAAUGGCCCGUCAUCUGCGACUUCAAAACACCAAGAGGUGUUCACGGCUUCUGGCUUUCUGAGCGACGAGGCCACAUAAUUUCAAAGCUACACAAGUAUAGGAUUUGUCAAAAAGGUGUGUAAUAGUGAGGAUGGUAAAAGCACCACUCGGGUUGAUAUCAGGCGAGAUAAUAUUACGAUACCGUAUUAUAGUGUCUGUUUAGUUGCAAUGGAGGAAACUCUCGAGGCGUCUUGAUUUCCCGGGGCCAGGUAAAAAAAAUGGUAUUUAUUUUCAGAAGUUCAAUGCCGUCGAUGGAUCUUAAGCUGGUACGUGGUUUGGCCCAAUUACAGACAGGUUUCAGUCUGCGACUGGGUACGAUGGCGGUAAGCUAGCUGAGCAGAUCAGUCUGGGGUUUCCCGGGUUACAAUCAAUGAUGUAUACUAACACUGAUCGGUGCUUGAAGUCAGACUUGCGGUAUACGCACACAAACAU